CACUCACAAUUAGUUCUAUUAUGGAGAGCCUGCCAAGGAUUACGAUCAUGUCGGCCUUUACGAAAAAGAGCGAGUCGGUAAAUAGCCGAUCGCCGCCACAGCAUCCUCCAUUCAGCAAUCCAGCGGGCGGUGACGCCACAGCAGGGCGGGACAAGAAUUCCAACUACGGGCUACUUCGCACUCGACGUGGAGAAGACAGCACUGCGAGCUGGACGAAGUCUGGAAUUUCAGGCGAACCGAGAGCCGACCUUUUGCUGACUGACCAUCCUCAGGUCAAUCACACAAACAUGUCUGGAAAGAUAUCAAAAGACGAACUGGAGGAAAUACGGGAAAUGUUCGGGAAGAUUGAUUUGGACCAUGACGGCUACAUCAAUGAUUAUGAGCUCCAUGAACUUCUCCGAGAGACUGGACAUCCGCAGCCAGGUUAUAAGGUCCGGGAAAUCAUCCAGCAACUCGAUCGCAAUAACGACAACAAGAUCAGCUUCAAUGAGUACAUUGCGAUUGUGAACGAGCUGAAGGGCAGUCAAAUCGCAAAAACCUUCCGUAAAGCCAUCAACCGAAAAGAAGGCAUCCUUGCCAUCGGAGGCACGUCGGAGCUGUCAAGUGAAGGAACACAACACUCCUUCUCUGAGGAGGAACGAUUUGCUUUUGCCAAAUGGAUCAACAGUGCUCUGGAAAAUGACCCUGACUGUCAGCAUGUCCUGCCCAUGGAUCUCAACACCGACUCUCUGUUCACAUCCGUAGCCGACGGUAUCCUCCUCUGCAAAAUGAUCAACCAAUCAGUGCCGGACACCAUUGACGAGAGGACCAUCAACAAGAAGAAGCUCACACCUUUCACUAUACAGGAGAAUCUUAACUUGGCGCUGAACUCCGCCUCAGCUAUCGGCUGCCACGUUGUCAACAUCGGCGCGUUAGACUUGAAGGCGGGGAAACCCCACCUGGUGCUGGGCCUGCUCUGGCAGAUCAUCAAGAUCGGCUUGUUUGCCGACAUCGAGCUGAGCAGAAAUGAAGCUUUGGCAGCGCUGCUGAGGGAGGGCGAGACACUGGAGGACCUGAUGAAGUUGUCUCCCGAAGAACUCUUGCUCCGCUGGGCUAACUUCCAUCUGGAGAACGCUGGCCAGCCGAAGAUCAAAAACUUCAGUUCUGACAUCAAGGACUCCAGGGCCUACUUCCACCUCCUCAACCAGAUUGCUCCAAAGGGGGACAAAGAAGGCCAGCAGGCCAUAGACAUCAACAUGUCGGGCUUCAGCGAGAGAGAUGACAUGAGGAGGGCAGAAGCUAUGCUGACGCAGGCCGACCGGCUCGGCUGUCGACAGUUCGUCACGGCGGCUGACGUAGUCAGCGGCAACCCCAAACUCAAUCUGGCCUUUGUGGCUAAUCUGUUUAACAAAUACCCUGCUCUGACCAAACCCGAGAACCAGGACAUCGACUGGAACCUUCUGGAAGGUGAAACACGAGAGGAGCGGACAUUCCGAAACUGGAUGAACUCCCUGGGCGUGAACCCAACUGUCAAUCAUCUUUACGUAGACCUGCAAGAUGCCAUUAUUAUCCUGCAGCUCUACGAGAAGAUUAAAGUCGAUGUUGAUUGGAACAACAAAGUCAACAGGCCUCCAUACCCCAAGCUGGGAACCAACAUGAAGAAGUUGGAGAACUGUAACUACGCCGUGGAACUUGGCAAAUUCGCCAAGUUCUCCCUGGUGGGCAUCGGCGGGCAGGACUUGAACGACGGCAACGCCACGCUGACCCUGGCGGUGGUGUGGCAGCUGAUGAGAAGGUACACUCUGAACGUACUGGAGGACCUGGGUCAUGGAGAGAAGGUCAAUGAUGAGAUCAUUGUGAAAUGGGUCAACAAAACAUUAGCGGAAGCCGGAAAGAGGAGCAAGAUUUCAAGCUUUAAGGACAAGGAGAUCAGCAGCAGUUUGGCAGUACUGGAGCUGAUUGACGCCAUCCAGCCCAACAGCAUCAACUACGACCUGGUGAAAACGGGACACCUCUCUGAAGAUGACAAACAGGAGAAUGCCAAAUACGCCGUUUCCAUGGCGCGAAAGAUCGGAGCACGUGUCUACGCCCUCCCCGAGGACCUUGUGGAGGUCAAGCCCAAAAUGGUGAUGACUGUCUUUGCGUGCCUGAUGGGUCGGGGGAUGAAGCGAGUCUAGAGAAGAUCAUUGUGACACUUGUUACGCCCGCCUGAAGGACUAUUGUUUAGAAGGUUGAAAAAUCAUCCAAAUUGCAAGAUAUCGCUCCCUCUUUGAAAGACUGGAGGUGUUUAAUGAAGAAUGCCACGCUUGGUAAAUAUCAAAUGGACCAUGUUUUACUGACGACAACUCGCAGUAAGUACCCUUGAUAAAUGUGUUGUUUUGUCUUUUUUUUUUUUCUUUUCUUGUAUGCAUAUUCCAGCUGAAAGGUUUACUUAUUUACUUACUGCCGCUGAUUGUCCCACACAUUCCUCAGGACAGGAGGGUUAUCUGGAAGACACCCCGAAAUUCAUGCAUGCCUCAUUCACUUUUUUACAUAUCAGUAUACAGAAGCCAUACGGUCAAACUAUAGUGACGACCACUCUGUAUAUGCGGCCCGUAUUUUUUUUAUUUUUUUUUGUGGGACCAUUGUGUGAGGGAAUAUGCUGGUCAGAGCUGGGCUUCUGUUGUUAUUGUUUUGUUGUUUCUGAUGCAGAGCAGGUCGUCUGGGCUCUCCGCUGUGCCUUCUUGUCUGAAAGGCGAACCUUUGAGCUUUCGCACUUCUUUUGCAUUCAACUGUUACCAAAUAUAUACUGAAACCUUUACUACGAUGGCCGAAUUGUAUUUGGCCAUGUGGUCAUGUCGACUCCAAAGUGCUUUAUCUUGUGUAACAAUAAAUAUGACUUUGAAAACUGAA